AUCCCAAGAACAAUUAAAGCAGUAAUGAGCUCUGACGAAAAGACCCUUAAGGCGAUAAAAUUCAACAAGAACGACGUCUCUUUGGACAUAUUGGACCAGUUAUUGUUACCUUACACCACCAAAUAUAUUGAGAUCCAAACGAUUGAAGAUGCUUUCCAAGCCAUCAAGAAAAUGCAAGUGAGAGGUGCUCCAGCCAUUGCAAUUGUCGGUGCUUUUGCUAUAGCAGUGGAAGUUUUCCAUUAUUUACAAGAUAAGAACUCAGGAAAAACAGUUGGUGAUUUAAUAAAGGACAUUGACUACUUGGUUACUUCUAGACCCACGGCCGUGAACCUUUCAAAUGCUUGCAAUGAGAUUAAAGAUUCAUUGAAAAAGUAUGAUCUGAGCUCCUUGAUCGUCAAGGAGCAGAGUGACUUGAUCUUGGAUUAUGCUGUUAACUUAUAUGAGGAUGAUUUAGCUAACAACUUCAAGAUUGGGGACAAUGGUGUCGAAUACAUUAAAAGAGUCUUAAAUGCUGAGAAUUUCAAAGGUCCUUUUUCAAUAAUGACCAUUUGCAAUACCGGAUCAUUAGCUACAUCUGGUCACGGAACUGCCUUGGGUAUCAUUAGAUCUGCUUACUCUAGUUUACAAAAAGAUGUUUCCAAGGAAGAGUUUUUCUUGGAACAUGUUUAUCCUUGUGAAACCAGACCUUAUAACCAAGGUGCCAAGCUUACAAGUUAUGAGUUGAACUACGAGAAGAUACCAUUCACCUUGAUUUGUGAUAACAUGGCUUCGGCAUUGAUCUCGACUUUGAACAAAUCAAAGGCAAUCAAGCAAUCAACUGCACCUGUUAAGUUCAUUAUCGUUGGUGCUGAUAGAGUUGUUAGCAAUGGAGAUACUGCCAAUAAAAUUGGGACCUUCCAGCUCUCGACUAUCAGCAACCAUUUCAAUGGGAUAGAGAAGUUCCAGAAGAUUAAAUUCAUUGUUGCAGCCCCCAAGACUACUAUUGAUUAUAAAACUCAGACCGGUGACGAUAUAAUUAUUGAAGAGCGUCCAGCAAAUGAACUUACAAGUUUGAAAGGACCUGUUAUCGAUGGGGACAAAAUCGGGGAAAAGCUUGUUGUGGGAAUUGCUCCUCCGGGGAUCUCUGUAUGGAACCCAGCCUUUGAUGUGACUCCACAUGAGCUUAUUGAUAGCAUUAUAACUGAAGAUCCUCACGUGUUUGAAAAGAAUAGUAAUGGCGAGUUUGAGUUACAAUAGGCUACAUAGGGUAGAAUAUACGAAGUGUAAUUCUAUAAUGCUAUGAAUGAAGCAAUCUUUAUACCAGAUCGUUAUUUAUCAACACCUUCAGCUUUGUUAUCCCCAUUUACAGGCUCAUGAGGGUUGUCAAUGUUGAUGUUUGAGUCUUUUCCCAGUUCACCAUUUGGAACAAUAGCUUCUUCUUCCUCUCCUUUAGAUUCUUCCUUGGGUUC